CUGGAAAACAGAUUGAGGAUAGAUAAGAAUUAGGUGGACUACAUGAAAGCCAUAAUCAAAAAAAGAGCCUAGACAUUAUAGUUCAAGAAAUUAUAAAGGAAAACUGCCCUGAUAUCACAGAAGCAGAGGGUCAAAGAAAUAACUGCCCCUCACCCCCCCCAGCCAACAUGGGUCACAUUCAGACCAAGACCGUGAAGAAGGUGACGUGGGUCAUCAUCGAAAAGUACUACACCCGCCUGGAUAACGACUUCCACACCAACAAGCGUGUGUGCGAGGAGAUAGCCAUCAUCCCCAGCAAGAAGCUCCGCAACAAGAUUGAGGGAUAUGUUACUCAUCCAAUGAAGUGUAUCCAGAGAGACUCUGGGAGGGGUAUCUCCAUCAAAUUGCAGGAAGAAGAAAGAGAAAGGAGGGAUAGUUAUGUCCCUGAGGUCUUUGCUUUGCAUCAGGAGAUCACUGAAGUGGACCCUGAUACCAAAGAAAUGUUGAAACUGCUGGACUUUGGCAGUUUGUCCAACCUGCAAGUUACCCAGCCCACAGUUGGGAUAAACUUCAAAACACCAAGAAGAGCUGUUUAAUGUUUACUUUUGUGUUCUUUCCAAUAAACUUGAGAACCCCCCAAAGAAACUGAA